UUCUGGUCGGAUCGUCAUUUAUGUUACCCCAUGAGGAGGAUUUCAAACUUAACCGACAGCUAUCAGUAGCAGUUAAAAGCUUUUUAUAGUCGCGAUGCCUUCUGAAAAUCUACGAUGGGAAACUUUACAGGCCUUAAAGAAUUCACCAAAGGGGAAAAUCACCUUCGACCCGCUCUGGUCUCAAAGAGGAGAGCAUAUUUUGACAGGUUGUAAAGAGGCCCUGGGCUUGUCUUCGCACUCUGGGGUCAUAUUGGACCGGACCAGCUCAGCAGCCCUACAGAGGUCCUCCUUCCUGGGCUCCCUCUCUGGAGACUCCAGCCCCAGUCCCUCGGAGGAGACUGCAGCCUCCAUCUCCUCCACAGGAUCCAUCGCCGACAUCAACGCCAAGAAUGCAGCACUGUGUGCCGAGGCAUCUUUAAAGAACGAGACUGUCACAGAGGAGACAAAAGAUGAAAACCCAGAGGCAGACAACAUACUGCAAGUGUCCAGCCCUGUGUCACCACCCGUUAUUUCCCUGCUGUCGCCCAAAGCCAUGGAGACGGCUGGCCACAUUCUCAGACUUAAGGAGGAACAGCGAGAAAAGGCCAAGCUGGCGGUCAUGCUGCGGCAGGAGAUGCAGGAGAAGCUGGCAGUGGAGGUGGCAAACGCUGAGUCUGAGCAGCUGAAACGCUUCGAGGAGCUCAUGGAGCUGAAGCAGAGGCAGGAAUAUCAGAGUGUGAGGGACAUGAUGGACAGAGAAACUAAAGAGAGCAUGGGCCGACAGGAGAAGCUGAAAGAAGAGCAGCGACACAGGAUGAAGAUCCUGAACCUGCGACUGAGGGAGGCCCAGCUGCAGCGUCUUCGGGAGGCAGAGCUUGAGAAGCAGCGGCAGACGGAGGGCAGGGAGAGACUUCGCAACCUCAACACCAUCCAGGAGGAGGUCCUACAGCUCAACCAGCUGCUAGAGCCAUCCAGCCAGACCAAGGCCAGCCUCCCAUCAGCCAACCUCAGCUCCUACAGCACCCGUGGGAACCAGCUGUGCUCUCAGGUGUCAGAAGUGGUGCGAAAGACUGCUGAGGGAGAUUUCCCCAGUGUGGAGGACAUGAAUGUGGCAGAACGAGCACUACACGACAUGAGGACCCUGAUCCGGCUGAUGCAGGAGGAGGCGGCUAAGGCUCAAGAGAAGAAGAAGAAAGAGCAGGAGCAGGAGGAGGAGCGCAGGAAGCAGGCGGAGCUGCAGGCGCAACAGGAAGCUCAGAAGAAGGCGGCGCAGUCGGCCAAGGAGAAGGCAAAGAGACGAGGGCUGCAGAACAGUGCUGAAGAAAGCACGUUGAAAUGGUACAAGGAGCUGCAGGAGUUGGCUGCUGGGUGCACUCAGUCCUUCGAACAACUCAAUUCACCCAGAGACGCCCAGACCAAGAAACUGAAGCUGGAGCUGCAGAAAGCAGCCACCAUCCCUGUCAGCCAAAUCGCCAGCAACUCAGGAUCCCAGCUCAGGGAGAUCUUUGACAAGAUCGACAAGCUGCUGUCGGGGCGAGCGGUGGUGUCGGGAGGAAAGUCCAUCUCCACUUCACACCAUCCUCAGGGCCUGGACUUCGUCAGCUACAAACUGGCUGAGAAGUUUGUGAAACAAGGAGAGGAGGAAGUGGCAGCUCACCAUGAAGCUGCCUUCCCCAUCGCUGUGGUGGCCUCUGGCAUCUGGGAGCUUCACUCUCGAGUGGGAGACCUCAUCCUUGCCCACCUUCACAAGAAAUGCCCUUAUUCCGUCCCACAUUACCCCCCCAUGAAAGACGGCACACCUGUGGAGGAAUACCAAAGGAUUCUUGGAUACCGCGUGGAUGACUCCGGAGUGGAGGGCCAGGACAGUUUCUUGAAGAGGAUGUCGGGGAUGAUCCGUCUCUACGCUGCCAUCAUCCAGCUGAGGUGGCCGUACAGCUCAAAGCAGGAGUCUGUUCCUCACGGUCUGAACCACGGAUGGCGCUGGUUGGCUCAGAUGCUCAACAUGGAGCCUCUGGCAGACAUUACAGCGACGCUUCUGUUUGACUUCCUGGAGGUUUGUGGUAAUGCUUUGAUGAAGCAGUAUCAGGCUCAGUUCUGGAAACUCAUCCUGAUUUUAAAGGAGGAAUACUUUCCCAGAAUCGAGGCAGUGACCAGCAGUGGACAGAUGGGUUCCGUCAUCAGACUCAAACAGUUUCUAGAGAUGUCACUACAGAGCCGACAGAUCAGUCCGCCCAAAGGUCAGCUGAGCUCCUCGUUCUGGAGGUCAUGACCGAGGAGGAGGAUGGGCAGCCAUGCUCGGUGUUGAUGCUGGACGCUCUUUAAUAGAGGCAGGCUUCUGUGAAAGCAAGAAGAAGUCAAAUGUUGUGCUGGCGGUGUUUAUUCAAAGAGCUGAUCUCUUGAGGGCGGCGACACACUGGAGGUCAAACGACACUGAAAUCCUUGAAAUAAUGAAGGGAGCACUUCUGGAAGUUUACCCCAAAAAAACAAUACUCCCAACAUCUGUUCAAGCCAUCCAGUAAUGAAGAAACACAUCGAAUAAGAAAUGUUUUUUUUUUUUUUUUUGUGUGUGUGUGAGAGAGAAAUGCCUGGAUCUGAGUCUGAGUGUGUUAUGUUUUUAUUCCUGUGAGCUAAAGCAAGAUUACAACUGUUUGUUUAUUCUUGACACUCACUGUUCAAAUGAUUUGAUGAAAAUGAAAUGAUUUGGACUUUUUGACGCGUAUAUAUUUUUUCAUGAAUCCACUGUGUGGAAUAAAGAUCAAACCGCUGAUGAAGAGUUUAAUAAUCAAAAACUGAUCCUGAAAUUAAAAGUGAAUGCAAUGCUGAGGAGUUGUGCAAAUCUACAAACCAAAUGUCUGAAAUAAAACCACAUCAAAGAGUUUGUUA